AUGUUCAUUUUGAAUGGUUUAUGGUUAAAUUCAUCGAGCAGAACCAAUAACCACGUCGUCUCGGUGCUUCUGAUCAUAGUUGUCCUAUGUGUCACUCUAACAAUCGUCCACUCUCAACAACGACAAACGCUUAUUGACUAUGACGAUAAUCUUUAUAUUCUCAUUGAUGAAAUUAGUGUUUAUACAUGUCGAGGAGCUAAAAAUGAGAUUAAAUUAACAGAAGAUGAUAUUGAUAUUGUGAAUGAGAAAGGUAAUCGUGUGUACUUCAUCAAGGCACCCGGCAGUUACUCUUUACAUUUCAAGAAACUUGUUGUUACCACAGAUAUUGGAUAUUUAAGCGGCGAGAUUGGUGUCACACUUCAAGUGCCAAUAAUCGAAGGUCCUGCAGGAAUUCGUUUUGACUUGCCUUAUACAGUGGUACCGGAAACGGGAAUUUUGGAUCAAGAAUGUGACAAGCACAGCGGUGUUGUAGAGCGUGGCAAUCGACAGUACUGUCGUUAUUGCGAUAUUUGUGGGCUUACCGCUAAGCUAGAGACAGAUUUGAAUGAUAAAGGCCAUUUAUUUUUGCCUGAAGUGGCACGUGGCACAGAGGAGAAAUUUGCGCCAGUUUGUAAUCGAAUUGCGUCGAAUAUUUACGAGUUUAAUCGAACGAUUAAUUUGCCUGGUAGACGUGAACUGUUAGCACGGAUCAACGAAAAGGUUCAAGGCCUGGAUGGUGAGAUUCGUGAACGCCUAAACAAAAAACGAGGUCGAUUUCAAAUAUUUCUGAACUUAAUCAGUGCCGAACAACCAGCAAUCAAGCAAGAUGAUUGGUUUGCGAAAUCUGCUGAUUGUCAGUGCUGCUGGGAUGAUCGUGACGCUUCGUGCCAUGGUGUACUAAGCUUCUUGUACUGCAGUAAAGAAGAGUGCAAGAAUAACUGGGCACGGCGCUGUUUGCAUCAUACAGCACGCAUCGUUGCAUGCUAUACAGUUGAAUUUAAUUAUCGCACGACAACAUCAUAUGCAGACGUUAUUCAAUUCUUGAAAGAAAACAAUUAUCCAAAUCAGGAAGCUAUUACUUCAAUACCGAUAAUACAACGAAUUCCACCACAUCCAACGGGUACUGUUGAAGUCAAGGAUAUUGCCCAAUCUCUAGCCGAAAGAUGUGUGGCAAAAAUGCCUCAAAGACUGACCCAUUUACGACGUUAUUGCACAAUCUUCUGGAAUGACAAGUUAUGUUGUUCGCAUUGUUCUGAUGUAUGUUAA